CAUCCUUUCUCUACAGGAAACAAUGACCAAGAACAAUUUCUACGUUAGCGUUUUUAUUGUUGCUAUUUUUACGUUUAUUAACACCAAGUGAAUUAAAAGUACUACUAAUUUAACUGCACAGCAUCACAUAUUUACCCCAUGUAGUCUUUAAUUCGCGUUGGAGACAGGACUUGGUUGAUUGACGUUAUCUAGGCAACGCUAGUUAGCUGCUAACGGUAACUAACAAUGGCUAACUGUAUGGUUUUUCACACUCAAAUAGCCUCCAUCAUGGAGGUUCUAGCGAAUUCAGCCGUGGCAGAGAUCAGUAAACUCGUAGACGACGACUAUGCAGUGUUUCGUUUGGAAAUAACGCAAAGCCAGAAAGAAAACAGGACAUUGAGGAGGAAACUACAGCUACUGGAACUGAAGGUAGCACGGGAGCGCGCAGAGAGGACAAUGCGAGAGCGAUACAGAGGAAUUGCAAGAGGUGAAGGACAUCUCACUGGAGGCCACAGGAAUGUUGUAAAGCCAGCGGGACACAAUGGAUGGAGAAAUGACCAACCCAUAUCUAUAGAUGAGGGGAGUGGAACCUCAACCCAGCAUGUUAUCGUGAUAGAGUCUGUAGAUGCGGAGGCUGCAGGUCCUGGGGUCAAGCAGGAGAGGUCUGAAGGAGAGGUGGACCCACAGCACAGCAGAGACAUCCAGAUUGGAGCAGCGGCUGGAGUGGCGCCCCCUGUAACCACAGAGGACCUGACCGCCGCGCCCCAGUCUAGGACCCGUUGCAGCAUCCCGGGGGUCAGUGGAAUGCUGAACGCCACCCUCAAGUCAGAGACGGAUGCCGAGACUUUAACUGUAACACACCGGCUCUUACACACAGGGUCUGACCACAGAUCAGACCACAGAUCAGACCCAGAGAGACUGGUGCUGGGGCCACUUGUCUGUCCUCCUGCUCCUGGCUCAGAUUACUUACCAGUAUUUCAUCAGAGCCAGAGGACGGUUCAUUCCCGUGGAGAUGGUGACGUGUUAGACACUGGGGUUGAUGAUCUGUCUUGUUCUUAUGAUACAGAGAUGGUCCCUGGCAACAUAUCCUUAGGUUUAGAGACCCAGACUGAUCUGUCUAGAGGGGACUGGAACCGGUACAGUAGUAGUAUAUACUCCGAAGGGUGCCUAGAUAAGAAAGGGGAGGUUAUAGUGGUAGAUGAGGUGACUGUGAAAGUAGAGGGCGAUGCUCCUCCCACAUGGAAUGCAGAUAGUCACCUUGGAGACGGACACUCGCAGGGCAGAGAUUUCUUAGAUUACAGGGGAAGCUUAGAGACAAAUCUAAAUGUCACAACCAAUUCUCCUUUACACGCGUUCAGGGAUCGCAAUCCAGUGUCCACGUCGAUGGGGCCUUCAGAUUCACACGGCCGUGUCCAUUUCGAUCAGGUAUUGAACUCAAACAACAGGGCUAGAGCCCAGGCUCAGGGAGGAGGAGUCACAUCAGGCAAUAGUAAAGAGAAACGAUUCUUCUGCAUGUUCUGUAACAAAGGCUUCAGGUGCCUGCAGAAGGUGGAGAUCCACCAGAGGGUCCACACAGGGGAGAACCCCUUCAGCUGUACCCAGUGUGAGAAGAGGUUCUCCCGCCAGGACCACCUGAAGAGGCACCAGAUGGUCCAUACAGGGGAGAAACCGUUCAGCUGCCCCCAGUGCGAGAAGAGGUUCUCCCGCCAGGACCAGCUGAAGAUGCACCUGAAGGUCCACACGGGAGAAAGGCCGUUUGUCUGUACACACUGCGGGAAGAGGUUCUCAGAGAGGAGCUACCUCAGGAUACACCAGCAGAAAAUGCACGCGGCCCUUGUAUAGUGACAUGUAAUCAGGAUUGAAAGUAAGGCGGUCCUGACGGCGUCCCAGCAAAAUAAAUAGUGAGGUUACGCCGUACCUGUAAAACAUGAACCUAUCACAAUAAUUAAAACAAAAUGUAAAAAAAACUUUUGACUAUUAUACCUUUAUUUUUCAUUAGGCUACCACAUAUCAGAGGCAUGAACAAUUUGCGAAUGGACUUGAAAACAAGUGGUAUAACAAAAUGCAAUGUGGUUCGACGAGAGCACUGAUAUUUUUCCAAGGCAGAGAUGAAUGGCUGACACAGAGACUUGUGUGGACAGUAGUAUAAAUGUCUCUUUCCAUUUCCAUGUUUGGAGGCUGGAAAUACAGUGUCUUCAGAAAUGAUUCAUACCCCUUGGCUUGUUCCACAUUUUGUUGUGUUACAGCCUGAAUUCAAACUUGAUUAAAAAAAAUGUCUCUCACCCAUCGCAACAUGUUUUUAGAAAUGUUUGCAAAUUUGUUGAAAAUGGAAUACAGUUAUCUAAUUUACGAACAAUUCACAAUCCUGAGUCAAUACAUGUUAUAAUCACAUUUGGCAGUGUUUACAUCUGUGAGUCUUUCUGGGUAAUUCUCUAAGAGCUUUGUGUACAUGGAUUGUACAAUAUUUGCACAUUAUUAUUUUAAAAAUUCUUCAAGCUCUGUCAAGUUGGUUGUUGAUUAUUGCUAGACAGCCAUUUUCAUCUCUUGCCAUAGAUUUUCAAGCUGAUUUAACAUUUGUUGUCUUGGUAAGUGUAUAUUUUGCCUUGUGAUUUAGGUUAUUGUCCUGCUGAAAGGUGAAUUAAUUUCCCGGUGUCUGGAGGAAAGCAUACUGUACCAGGUUUUCCUCUAGGAUUUUGCCUGUACUUAACUCUUAACUUCCAUUUCUCUUUUAUCCUGAAAAACACCACAGUCCUUAACCAUUACAAGCAUACCCAUAACAUGAUGCAGCCACCAUUAUGCUUGAAAAUAUGGUGAGUGGUACUCAGUAAUGUGUUGUAUUGGAUUUGCCCCAAACAUAACACUUUGUAUUCAGGGCAAAAAGUUAAUUUCUUUACCACAUUUUUUACAGUAUUACUUUAGUGCCUUGUUGCAAACAGGAUGCAUGUAUUGGAAUUGUGUUAUUCUGUAGAGGCUUCCUUAUUUUCACUCUGUCAAUUAGGUUAGUAUUGUGGAGUAUCUACAACUUUCUUGAGCCAUCCUCAAUUUUCUCCUGUCACAGCCAUUAAACUCUAACUAUUAAAGUCA